UGAUUUGACGUAUUCAAUUUAUGUUAAAGAUUUGACGCCAUCUUCAAUUUUUUUCUAGUGUUUUGUUUGUGUAUAUUACUGGAUGUGGGUUAACAAUUGUCUUUCGAAAAUGGAUUUGGGCCAAUGAUCAAAUAAGCAUCGAUAAACAAAACACAGUUGGACGAAAAAAAGGGAUAUUAGUCAUUUUCACAACAAAAAGGCACCCUGCAUUGAAAGUAGUUGGAUUUUUUUUUGGUUUUCCCCAUUAUUUGUGAUAAAAAUGAGAAAGAAGUGAGCCCCUCGAUUUUACAUCAACUGAGGAAUGAUGAAUUGUGAUUUUUGGACGUUGGAUAUAACUCGUUUGAUAAUUGGGACUAUAUCUGUGUUGUAAAUAAUGAUGAAGAAUCUCAAUGCUUUUCCUGUUCUGGAGCAGUGAGUGAUGUCAAGAAAACUAUGCAAUAACGUCUGGCAAAUAGGUGGUGGUUUGCAAUGGGGGACUAUGAGUUGUACCAAGCAAUCAAAUCCUUCACCCCAUCAUCUGAUGAUGAGCAGGAGUUUCAAAAAGGAGAUGUGUUCGAGAUAACUAUUCAAAGUCCUUUUGACACCAACCAGUCUUAUAGACCAGGCUGGUUGUUUGCUUACAAUCGUAGAACAAGAGGUCUAGGAUUUGUUCCAGUUGAGUAUGUUAAAUUGUUGGGAUCCGAGGUUGGCAAAACAAUUCAUCAUCCAUCAGCAUGUGGUGUAGAAGUGGUAAACAAAUCAGACAUGGAAAACAAGCCAGAACACAAGUUGGAAGAUGCCUUUUUCCUAACACCAAUCCUCUGUAAACAUUAUUUCCUCCAGUUUGAAGGCUGUGCUUCAAGGUAUAGUUCACGUUUUCUUCAAAAUUCACUAAUGAAAAACAUUAUUUUCGUGAAAUUGUCUUGCAUCAUUUAUUGAAUGUGUCUCAAUUUAAAAAUUCGCUUCGUCUAUCAAACAUGUCGUGAAAAUAAAAAUGAUUGGUGGAUGGUUUAGUUGAAAAUCACAACAUAAUAAAAAAUAUGACAAACCCAUCAUACCUUUAAUACCGUAAUAUUAACAAACAAACUGAGAUGAUAAUGAUUUUCUGUUUGAGGUUAAUAGUCCUGAAACUUAAUGAAAAUUUGGAAGAUUUACUUUUAAAAAAAGAGUGCGUUUAAUGUAUUUUCAAAUAAAACAUUU